AUGCUUAUAUUAUCAGCAACAACUCUCGUUCUUGGUGGUAUUAUUGGGAUUUUUCCGAAUGUAAUUAUAGUUGUAACCGUUUAUCGCAAUAAAUCAUUCCGAAAGCCAACUUACUUCUUCAUAACUAAUUUAGCAGUCUGCGAUUUGAUGCAAAGCGCGGCAACGGUAUUCAAUUUAUUUUUAACGGCCAUAGACAGACAAUUUCAAUUGCCAUUAAGUGUUUUAACUGUUUUAUGUAAAAUAUUUGCCAUCUUUCUAAAAUAUUGGUCCUAUACCGCCUCUAUGCAGACAUUAAUCAUCAUCAGCGGUGAAAGAUACCACGCCAUUUUUCGACCCACUAGAAAGCUUUCAACAAAGAGAGCUAGAUCGUUAUGUUUUCUUUCAUGGGUAAUAUCGUUCGCAAUAGCAUUUCCAUAUCUAAUA